GCACAGGUGUCCGCGAUGGACGCGCAGGGCUUGGAUUGGCUUCUGGUCCCGCUGCAGCAGCUGGUUUCCUGGGGGGCGGCGGGGGCCAUUGUCUUCGGCGGGGUGGUGCCCUACAUCCCGCAGUACCGGGACAUCCGGAGGACGCAGAACGCCGAGGGCUUCUCCACCUACGUGUGCCUGGUGCUCCUGAUGGCCAACAUUUUGCGGAUACUCUUCUGGUUCGGGAGGCACUUUGAGUCCCCGCUGCUCUGGCAGAGUGUCGUCAUGAUCGUGACCAUGCUGCUGAUGCUGAAGCUGUGCACCGAAGUCCGUGUGGCCAAUGAGCUCAAUGUCAAGCGCCGGUUCUUCACAGGUAAUGAGGAUGGGGAAGUCAGAGCCCCUCCCCGGCGCCCGUGUCUGGACUUCGACCCUCACCACUUCUGGCACUGGAGCAGCUUCGCAGACUACCUGCAGUGUGUCCUGGCCUUCACGGGCGUUGCCGGCUACGUCACAUACCUGUCCAUGGACUCGGCCGUGUACGUGGAGACCCUGGGCUUCCUGGCCGUGCUGACCGAGGCCAUGCUGGGGGUGCCGCAGCUGUACCGCAACCACCUCUGCCAGUCCACGGAGGGCAUGAGCAUCAAGAUGGUACUCAUGUGGACAAGUGGCGACACCUUCAAGACGGCCUACUUCCUGCUGAACGGUGCCCCCCUGCAGUUCUCCGUGUGCGGCCUGCUGCAGGUGCUGGUGGACCUGGCCAUCCUGGCACAGGCCUACGCAUUCUCCCGCCAUCCCCCGAAGCCCACCCCCCACACGGUGCACCCUGCCAGUGCCAAGGCCCUCUGAGGUGGCCUGGAGGACAAGGACAUGGGACUGCUGGCUGCUGGCACCGGCUGGCCACCUGUCCUCCGCGUGGGCCCCUGGGGUGGUGGACAGGUGGGGGCCCAGACGCCGUGUCUGUGCUCACUCACUGGAGAAUGGUGAGGCAGGCAUCACCUCACGGGUGGGACUGUGGUUGUUUUCAGGGUGAUGGAAAAGCAGUUCUUGCUCCCACUUGCUUUCAGAGCACCUGCAGAAGCUGGGAGAUGCUCACAAACCCGGGAACAGGCGGAGCAGGCUAGGCCUGGAGGCUUCUCCAUAUCUCAGCCCAGCCAGUGGCCUCAGCCUGGAUGCAUCCUGUAAACCCAGGCAGGGCUCAAAAUGAGAAGCAGCAUUCGGAGAGCUUGGGCCCCAGCACGCAGGCCCGUGGUCAGAACGGCCGAGAAUGGAUGCACUGCUGGGCGACAUGCGGCGAGGACGCAGGGAAGGGUGGGCUGGGCACAGAGCACGUGACCUGGGUCCUGUGUCCACGUGGAAGGGAAGGCACACCAACGCAUAUGACAUAUGUCCUGGUCAUGUUCCCGGAGUGGCCUUGCCUGGGCCACCUUCAGUGUGGCCGCCUCAUGGGACUGGGACUCAGCCUUUGCCCUCGGCUGGGUAGGGGGCCCAGAGGCCCUGUUGCUAAUGAGCCUCCUUCCACUGGGGGCAAGGGGAUAAGCCCAUAUCCGUGCCAGCUGGGCACUAGCCAGAGAAACCUCACGGGUGUCUGGACCAGAGCCUGGAGUUCUCCAUGAUCCUGGAGGGCAUGGCAGGGUGUGAGUGGCCCACGUGGGCUCCCUGAAGGCCCAGUGCCGAGCGGGCCGCAUGCGGCUUUUUCCCUUUCUCCUGGGAAGUGCGCGCAGUUGCAGCACACAGCCUGUGAUGUCCAUCUUCCAGGAUGGGGACCACUGAGCUGCCCCACACCCCACGCUCUGAGCUCGUGGGCCUGAAGUGACCUUCCAGGGUGGGGGGUGGCCUGGCAUGGGCAUCCCUGCCCAUCAUCUCCCAUCCACAUGGUUCUCAUUCACUGCGUGUGGCUGUGGUGGGGCCACUGGUCUGACACUAGUCACCCACAUUUGUUUCCCUGUCAGUAUUACACGAGCAUCUCAGCUGGGCCAGCCCUGCACCAGCUCCCAGACCCCAGAGGCCAAGUGCUCCAGAUGCUUACGAGUGGCUCCCGCAGGCAGCGUUUCCCUUCUGCUGGGUGGAGGAGUGGCUCCCUGUGCAUUGUCCGUACUGUCUGUGGCCGGCGCUGAAGCUCUCGAGUGUCUGUGGUGGCCAGUGAGAAGUGUUGGAAGCCGUUUCCUCCUCCUGAGUUUUUCUCAAAAACUCCUGAAUGUCUGAGCGAGGAUCCUGCUUAGUUCUUUGGCCUGUAAGAUGCUUUGAAAACAUUUAUUUUUAAAAAUAAAGGGAGAUGUCUGUAGCAGUAAUUGCCUCUAAAUUAAAAUAUUAGUGAC